AAGCUCCUCCCUGGAUACAAGGGACGCCACAGUGGUCGCCAAGCCGUUUACAUUUACUCAGUUUGACGUUAAAGUUCAGAGAAUCGUGAAGGGUCUACAAAUCAAUCUAUGACGAACUUUUUAUCAAUGUGCAGCGCGUGUGUAGCUAGCCAGCGGCCAGCUAACAUGCUAUUAUCCGCUAGCUAGCUAGUCUAUCUACCUGUAACGCAGGAUGGAAAGGUUGUAAACACGUGUGGCUGCUGUUCAAACAAACGUACUGUGAAGAUGUGGAGACGAGGCGGUGGGAGCUCAGCCCUGGAACGAGCUGAGGUGCUUCUGUCCGCUAAGAGGAGCAGCAGAGGAGACGCUGCCGCCGGGGCCACACCGCGACCUGCGCACUCCACACCCACACACACUGGCCUCAGACCUCAGAGCUCUCUGGGAGCAGGAGGAGGAAGAGGGAGCAGGUUUGUGAAGAAGGCUCCGCCGUCUGCAACCAACAGCAGCCAGUCACCUAUCAGCAAGAGCCAAAUGCAGCAGAUGUCUGAACCAAGAUAUGUGUCAUCCUCCCAGACUGCUGCUCUGAGUAGACUGGCUCAAAUUGAGAGCAGCAUCCACAGCCGUAAACAGAUCCAGGAAGAAGCCAGACCGCAAAUCUCUCCUCCACCAGAAACAACCAGUGUGCCAGUCUCAGUUCAGUCCAGCAGUGACCAGAGUCUGAAUGGGAAACGUUUCCUCAAGAACAAAACAGCAGCCAGAGCCGUUGACAGUGCCAACACUGCUGCUGCUUCUGGAUCUCCAAGAGGACCAGAUGUUGGUGUCAGGUCUAUGUCCAGAGCUUCUGGUGCUGCGCUCUCUUUGGCAGGUUUGGAGAGGAAGUCAAAGAGAGUAGUGAGUGGUGUGAGUCUGGAAAGUGAUGUAGAGGACAUGAGGGAACUGCUCGGAGACUCUUUGGAUUCAACAGACAACAGCUUGUUAAAACUGGGGAUACCUGCCUCUGUGAGAACAGCAGACAAGAUGUUGAGCAAAAGUAAUCAGAAGGUCCACUCCACACCUCAACGCACUAUUCGUCCUUUGCCACCUUCCAACGCAGCACCACCACCUCGCUCUCCCACCUCCCCUUCUCGCCGUUCAUCUCCUUUUCGAUACACUGGCCAGGUCCAGGCCCAGUUCAGCCCCUCUGUGCUCUCUCCCACCCCCUCUCCUACGUGCCUCUCCCCCUCUCCACCAAGGAGAUGGAACUCUGCUCGUAGGGUGGCCAGUCCACAGCGCUCCCUCUCCUCCAUGUCAGGCCACAGUGAGGUGCACUCUCUGGACGAGCUCUUCCCUGUGGCGCUUGGCUUUGAAGAUCCCCACAGCGAGAUGAGCUCAGUUUCAUCUGAAGACUUUAUGAUAAAUGUGAUGACGUUAGAUGACCUUGUCCCGGCUUCUUUUGGAUAUACAGAGGAAACACCAAAACAGGAGAAAGAAGCCAAGCACAACGCCCUUUCUCCUGGAUCUCUGAACAGACGUGAGCAGUCACCAAGACUGAGGGAGAAGAGGGACGAGGAACAACAGCAAGAGAAAGAGGACAUGUUGGACUAUCAAAGUGACUUUGAGAGUGAGAGCAGGUCACAGCCAAAUCACAGUGCCAGCCAGGUAUCAGAGCACCUGCAAGAAGAUGGAGAUGAAGUGGGGGAGAUUUCGCAGGACAGAGAGGAGGCUUUGAUUUCAGACGUGUCCCGUGAGAGAACAGAAGAUGAUUACUCGAGCACUUUCUCGGACUCGUCCUCGCGGACUCCAGGUCGCAGUCAAACGUCAAAGUCAUUCAGCAUAAGCAGAGACUCCAGAUCCUCGGUGUCACACAUCCGCAGGACUUCAAGUCACCAGUCGAGGAGGCGUGCUUCAGCCAGAAAGGUUUUAAAAGAGGUGGCAGUACAGACGCAGCCUGAUACCAUGUCGCACACGUGGUCAACUGGCGUAGCUACAUUUGACCCCAAAACCUACAUUAAUCCCACCCCAAUGGCUGCUUAUACUCUCAGUGAAGAAACACUGGAAGCUCUCAGCAACUUCAACCCAGCUGCGUUUGUAGUCAAUGAAAUGCUGAAACAGCAGCUUGCCAUGACAAGACGGUUCAUCGAGAGCAGCCAUCGCCUUCACUCCAGCCUGGUGCAAAGUCUGGAACCACCCAACUACAGAUACACCACACUGGAGGACACCAUGGAGUACAUUCGCAAGCACAGAUCUUCCAAACUCACAAUGGAGGAAGCCUUAGAGGAGGUUCAGCGGGAGAUGAGGGAUUGUAUGGCGACUGUGUGACUACAUCAAACUGGAUGACUGAGCCUCCUGGUGCAGAGCAAGAGAAAGUUGCCCUAUAUAAAGUUUAACAUAAUUGAUUAUGAUUUUUUUAUGCAGUAUUAUUAAUAAUUGUUGUCAACUCGUCACAUGCCAUGAACAACACAUGCCUAUAGUGUCUUUAGUGAAAAAAUCCUGUCAUACAUUUAGUUAUGAUGCCAGCUUUUUAAUGGUCUUAACGAGUAAUUUAUAAGACUUGACCCCCCCCCCCACUGGUGAAAUAAUAUUAAUAAUAAGUAAGUGUCCACGCUGUCACAUGUGUAUUCUCAGGAAAUAAUGAUAAACAAUGUUACACCUUCAUGACUGUGAUUCUGUUGUUUUUCAUCGGAUGAAGUGACUCAAAUGUAAUUACACACCUUCCUUCCUCA